AUGCCUUCUUUCCACUGGAACUUCCGUCGAAAGUCCUCCAAGAGCACCACCGCCUCCAACGCCAGUAGCGAUGGCUCCACCGGCGUCCCUCCCAUUCCUACGAGCAAGUCGUCCUCUACCUUGAGCUCCAACCAGCAGACUACGCCGCCUCCCUCGCUUCCUGAGAAUGGCGUCGCCUCUAGCAAGCCCAUGAAUGGCCACUCCAGGCAAGCCACCGUCAAGCGACCCUCUACCACCAACAACUCCUCCAAGCGGCACAGUAUGAUUAAUCUCUCUGGCAACAACUCCCCUCCUCCCACUGGCAUGCCGCAGCAGCGCCCUCCGCUUCCUCCGACGACGACUUCGCCCUUCUCUCCGCACGUUACUUCCAUUGGCAAUAGGGAGACGGUAUAUCAAAAGAUGUUGCUGAUCUCCGGUCAGAUUGGCGAGGAAGGAACCAAAGCCAUGGAUGGUGUCUUCACAAUUAACCAUUUGUCGGACACCUCAUUUCCGGCGAGCACUUGGCCUGUGAACGAGUCCCACUUCAAGGCGCUAGUCCACCUCCAUCCCGGACCUAACAGGCUUCGUUUCGAUUUCGCAUCUCCGAAACUAUCUACGGGAAAUCCCUCCAAGCCCCUCCAUUCCACAUUCUUCGACAUCACUUACGUGCCGCUCAACAAUGCACCCCCGCUCCACCUUGCGAUCCUACUUGGCAAGGACUCGCCGGGUACCUUUGAUGCUCCGCCAGACAGGAUACAACGGGAGGGCAAUGACUUGGACACUGCUAUGCGCAAGUUCCGUAUGGCUAGUUAUCUGUGGCAAGCCUUCACUGGAGAGCAGAUGUACCGGAAUGGCUUCGGUCGCCGUUGCUGGAGAUAUGAAGAGGAAUGGCAGCCGGGAACUCUCACAAUCGCUGAUUCUGAGACCAGCCAGUACCGCAACGAGGCCAAGAUUCACAUCAUCAGGACCGAGAAGACCGUUGAGGAGAUUAGAGAUUUGAACAAGGCCCAGCAGUAUGACCAGGCCACGGACAAGGGCGCACUUUUCGGCAUCGCUAUGGAGGCUGUAAAGGCGCACUUCAAGCCUGCACCGGGACAAAAGCAGUACGUCUCUUGCAUGUUCCUGGACACAUGCUGGGAUACGCAAGCCAAGGUCGUUCGUGGCCAUGCAGCUCUUGGUGGCGGUGAUGGAGAGGUCGGGCUAGCAAUCUUCGGAUCGCAUGCUCUUCACUCCUACCCAUCUUGCAUUGAAGAAGUUGUUCCUACCUUCAGCGACUGCACGCGGACAGACACGAACUUCGUGGCCAACGAUUGCAACGAGUCUGGGAGCACUUGGGAGGCUGCCAACAUCGGUAUUGGCGCGCACCUCCACGAAACCGGUCACCUCUUCGGCUGCCCGCACCAAGAAUCCGGCGUUAUGCUGCGUGACUACGUCAGGUUCAACCGGACCUUCGCCACCAGAGAGCCAUACUCCACGCGCACUCAGCAACACGGCAAACUUGUUUGCUCCACGGAAGACGAGUGCAACUGGCACAGAUUAGAUUGUCUCAGAUUCCGCUUCCAUCCAUGCUUCCGUCUCCCGCUUGACAAACAGCUGGCUUCGGACAACGAUGUUCAAGUUUGGUCUGGAGACAACAAAGAAAUUCUCAUCACCACGGAUACCGGUGUGGCAUGGAUGGAGCUUUAUCCGCAAGGCGAUGACGUAUGUCACCAUUGGAUCGACUAUACGAUGGAAAGGCAACGUCGUAGAGAUCUCUCGCUGUCGGAGGAUGAUCUGCGGAAGCUACUGCCUUCUGAUAAGCGCAAGAAGCCCCUGAAGAUUGAAAUCUACUCAUUCGGAGGUGGCAAGCAUGUCGUAGAUGACUUUGACCAGCUCAUUUCGAAGACGAAGCGGGUUAAGCUUCCAGGCGGUGGCAAGGGCUUCAUCGCGUCCAAGCUUGGCUACUCGCAACUCGAGGGAUCUCAGCCGCAAGAAAUUGUGCUUGAUUGUAUCGAGAACAAGUUGCCGAAGAGGGUCCUCAUGUCAAUCAGAAUCUACCAUGGCUAUGCCAUCGAUGGUAUUGAGUUCAUGUAUGACGAUAAGACCAGCCAGCUGUUUGGCAAGCGUGGAGGUACGCCUGGCGGCUCCGAGUUCAAGCUUGAUUUACCAAAGCAUGAAUUCUUGGUUGGCUUCUACAUUCGUGCGGGCCUUUGGAUCGAUGGAAUUCAGAUUAUCACAAACCAGAGGAAGAGCGAGAUUUACGGUAACCCAGUCGGCGGUAGCGGCCAUAAGCUUAUCCCUCCCUCGACCUACAAGAUCGCCGGUCUGACCGGCUCCUGUGGCUCUUGGCUCGACGGCUUCGCUUUGAUCAUUACCCGCUGA